UGAAUAUAAAUUAACUGAUCGGAAGUAUUUAUAGGUGGAAAAAAUUUGUGGAUUAUUUGUAUUUGUGUAACUGUGUAAAUUGGACAUAAUGAAGACUCCAAUAGUGUUCACUUACUUAAGCCUCCUAUUAGAAGUUUACUCAAUGGCAGAUCCACCAAUUGUAAACACUUCUUCUGGACCAGUUCAGGGAUCAAACACAGUCAUCAACUCCAACCUAACAGUGCUCUCCUUCAAAGGAAUACCUUACGCAGAACCUCCAGUUGGUAACUUACGUUUUGAGCCACCAGUGGCCAAGUCCCCAUGGAACACCACCCUGAAUGCCACAGACUACGGAAGUUGGUGCAUCCAAGAAGACGGUUCGGGUUCUGAGGACUGCCUCUACAUCAACAUCUUCACACCGAAACUUGAUGGUAAUUUACCCGUUAUGGUUUGGAUUUACGGCGGUGCCUUUGUAGGUGGCAAUGGCAACGACAAUCCCGCUUACAUUCUGGAAAAGGGAGUCAUUUUUGUUUCGUUCAACUACCGACUGGGUGUCCUGGGAUUCGUGAGCACGGAAGACUUGGCGGCGCCCGGAAACGCGGGCCUCAAAGACCAGACGCUGGCGUUGAAGUGGGUGCAAAGCAACAUCCCAAAAUUCGGUGGCAACCCCCGCAACGUGACGAUUUGGGGUGAGAGUGCCGGAAGUGCUUCUGUUUCUUAUUUAACCCAAUCGAAUCUGACUAGAGGUUUGUUCCAGGGGGCGAUUAUGGAAAGUGGUACCAGUCUUUGCUCUUGGGGCUUGACCAGGGAUGCGAGGGAGACUGCUUUCGAAGUCGGGAUGCUGUUGAACGUUUACACGACAAACUCCACAACGUUGAUAAACGGGUUGAAGCAAGUGGAUGCCAAAAAGCUGCAAAAUGCUUCUUCUACUAUUUAUUCGUACGUUAUCGGUACCAGGAAUCCUUUGAACGGUCUCCCGUAUGGUCCAGUUAUGGAGCCAGACCACGAAGGGGCCUUCUUUUCUAGUAAAAGUCACGAGUUAUUGAAAAACGGUGGCUUCCUCAAGGUUCCAAUGAUUAUUGGAUACAAUUCAGAAGAAGCUGUUUCUGCUUCCACCAUAUCACCUUUGCUGAAGUUGUUGUUGGUGAAGUACGAUUUCCAGCCAGCCAAUUUAGUACCUGACGACAUGAAUAUACAAUCAUCUCUUGUUAAAUGGACAGUGGGCAACAUCAUCAAAUCCCAUUACUUUGGACUAGACCUUAUUGUGUCCAGCGACGAAAAACUGGCGCAGUUCAUCAGUGAUGAUCAGUUUGUUCGACCAAUUAGGGAAACCGUCCGUCUUCAAUCAGCAUUCACCCCAGUUUACUUCUACGUUUUCUCCUACAAAGGUGUCUUGGGUACCACCUCAAACAGAACCAUGACCGGUGUUGGUCACGCUGAGGAACUACGAUACUUAUUUAAAAGUAAUGAAACCAACAUUGAUUCAUCAGAUCAAAGAACCAUUCAGAGGAUGACCACAAUGUGGACCAAUUUUGCUAAAUUUGGGACUCCAACUCCGGAAGAAGACUCAUUGUUUGAUAAUGUGAUUUGGGAACCUGCAAGAACGUCAAAUGCUUCAUCAGGUCUUAAGUACUUGAACAUUGACGUGAACUUAACUCUUGGAGUUAAUCCUAAUGAUGAAGCUAUUCGUUUCUAUCAAGAUUUGUACAAUGAAUAUGGAAAUCCACCUUAUACUUCAUAUUAAGCUGAUUAUUUUAUGUAUAAAUUAAAUAAAUAA